AUGUCUGACGAUGAAAUGAACAUUGAUGAAGUGGCUGCAGGAGGUGGACCUGUCAGGAAGAGAGGGCGCGGGUUUCAAAAUUCUACUGGCAACAACGGACAAGGUGCCACCUCAGAACAGACAUACGACCGUGUCGAGACCACUCAAGCGAGAGAUGCGGACACACGAGCAGCACGUUCUGUUGAGGGUUGGAUCGUGCUUGUAACAAAUGUCCAUGAGGAAGCUACCGAAGAUGAUGUGACGGAGAAGUUUGCUGAAUUCGGGGAGAUAAAAAACCUUCAUCUGAACUUGGAUCGGAGAACCGGUUACGUGAAGGGCUAUGCGUUGGUGGAGUACGAGACCAUGGCGGAAGCACAGGCCGCCAUUGAUGGCGCCUCUGGAACCACGCUGUUGGAACAAACCCUUCAAUGCGACUACGCCUUUGUUCGUCCUCCACCUUCUGGUCCCAAGAAGGGUAGAGGAGGCCGUGAAGGCCGGGGACGGAGUGCGAGCCCAUCUCGCCGACGGGAUUGA